GUAUUUUUACCUACUGGAACGUAUGUUGAAGCUUGGAUUUACUUGAACUAUGCUGACUGGUUCAUGAACGUGAACGUGUUUCCAUAAAUGGCGGAUGUUGGCAACAGUUCCGGUUUGUGUGGAGUUCUAGGAGGCGGUCAUCAGAAUGAUCUGACAAGAAGAAAUGGAAUAGAAGACGACCCAACAAAUUUUGAUAGUGCUAAUCAUCCAGAUGAGUUUUCUGUAUCGUGGAGAGUGCCAGCAGACCAAGAUUUGCUUUCCGAAUCGAUGGAUUUUCAAACUAUAGAUUCACUGUCCCGCAUCAAAUCGAAGCUCUGCACCUGUAACAAAAAACACGAGACAGAGUGCACAUAUGAUAGCUACAAGACUAUAAAUUGUAGUACUAUCACCCGAGGAAAGAAGUUUCCAUGUCUCCUACAUAAUAGCAACAGCCGACGGAAACGACACGCUGCGCAUGUCAGUUCGUUUUACACGGAACUAGACGAGAACCACGUGAUAUCUAAAAGGCAGACCGGAUAUUCGGAUGAAGAAGCGUCCGUUAUUUGCAAUGCAGACUUUCAGGCAUCACUUUCAUACCAAAUCUGCAUACAAAAUGUCGCCGUCUUUUCGAAUGAAUCCAUCCAGGACUGUAUCCUGGAUUUGAUGUUAACCGGAGACCCCAAUGUAACCUCUCUUCACAUCGAAAGUGCUUUAAACGUUUGCCAGACGUUAGUUGGCCUAAACCUGACUCUUCAAGAAAACUCGACGAUUACAUACGAGAUCCUCAGUAUAUGUCCGAAUAACUGCAGUGGCCAGGGCGAAUGUUCCGCAGGUAGUUGCGUAUGUAGGACAGGAUAUGGUGGUUCUGACUGCUCGUUUGAUAUAUCACGGCCUCCUACCGUCACAAGUCUCCUUGGAAAUGGACUCUGUGACCUCACAAAAGAUACAUGCAAUGACAUCACGAUGUUUGGUCAAUAUUUCGUAGAAAAUAUGAAUACCUACUGUUUUAUUACAAGAAAUGAGAUAUCUGCAGAAAAUGCCAUUACGGGAGUAGACUUCUACAACACUUCGCUUGAAGAGAGAACUCUGUUUGAAGGCUUCUGUCGCCUAGUCUAUGAAACAAACAAUACAUGGGUGACACAGUUUGUGUUUAAUAUGUCGAAUGAUGAAGCAUUCUACUCAGAUACCUUCUCAGUCUACGUGUACCAGUCUGAGUGUCAAAUAGUCAACAACUACACUGGCAACAUAUUCUUCACAUUACAGGAAGGGUUUUGUUUUAUCGACGGUCAGUGUAUCCGGGACAACGUGUUCGAAUCGAAUUCUCCGUGCUUGAAAUGUGAUACAAUGGUUAACAAAUAUAACUGGUCAGACGGCUGCUUCAAUCAAACAACUAAUACAAUCAAUACAACCAUGACGCCAGAGUCAACAACAAUAUCAACAGCGGUCACAGACACAACAAUAGCAACAGCAGAGUCCUCCAUAACAUCUAUGGGUGGUUCCAGUCCGACGCUUCCAACAGCAAAAUCAAAUAGUUCAAAGAAAUCUGACUCCCAUCAACAACUGACAUAUAUCAUAGGGGGCGCUGUUGCCGCUGCUGUCGUCACUCUAGUGAUAACCGGUAUUUUGAUAAAGAAAUACUGUUUCAGCAAAACGGAGGUAAAAGCUUUUAGAUCAGACAAUCAAAUUGGACAAUGGAACCACGUAGACAAUAACGCCAGCAGUAAAGACAACGGUCAGUUCCGCCCUCAUUCCAUGCAGUCCUAUCACUCACCACACAUCGAGCGUCUGCCUCCUACCCAUGAUUUCAGUAGAAUGUAUGACAGCACAAAGGACAGGUCUCACUUAUUCCGAGCACAGAUAUAACAUCUAAAUCUAAGAGUGAACAUACUGAGCAUUAAACUGAAACCAUGCAGUGUCACCUCUAUAUCAUCACUCAGACAUCUCAUGUUAUAAAAUGUAUAUAAUCCCUCAGAAAACCCGGGUAAUAUAAUGUAUAUCAUCACUCAACAACUCGGGUAAUAUAAUGUAUAUCAUUGCUCAUAAAACCCGGGUAACAAUGUAUAUCAUCACUUAGACAUCUGAUGUAAUAUAAUGUAUAUCAUCACUCAGACAACCCGGGUAAUAUAAUGUAUAUUAUCACUCAACACCCCGGGUAAUAUAAUGUAUCUCAUCGCUCAUAAAAGCUGGGUAACAUAAUGUAUAUCAUCACUCGGACAUCUCAUGUAAUAAAAUGUAUAUCAUCACUCGGACAUCCUGUGUAACAUAGCAAAAUGUAUAUCAUCACUCAGACAACCCGGGUAAUAUAAUGUAUAUCAUCACUUGGACAUCUCAUGUAAUAACAUGUAUAUCAUCACUCAGACAUCCUGUGUAAUAUAGCAAAAUGUAUAUCACUCAGACAAUAAAAUGUAUAUCACUCGGACAAUAAAAUGUAUAUCACUCAGACAAUAAAAUGUAUAUCGCUCAGACAAUAAAAUGUAUAUUGCUCAAUAAAAUGUAUAUCGCUCUGACAAUAAAAUGUAUAUCACUCAGACAAUAAAAUGUAUAUCGCUCAGACAAUAAAAUGUAUAUCGCUCAAUAAAAUGUAUAUCGCUCUGGCAAUAAAAUGUAUAUCACUAAGACAAUAAAAUGUAUAUCACUCAGAUGCUCGUGUAAUAAAAUAUUUAUCCCUCAGACA